AUGGCGACGCUCUACCCCUCCCUGGAGGACAUGAAGGGCCACCAGAUCUUGCAAGCGCAGGCAGCUGCCGGGGUGAGGACCCCUGCCACGACGGUGGUCACGGAGAAGCCGAAGCUCAUCUCGGGCACUGCGCCGCCCGUGCUGUACCCCAACCUGGCCGAGCUGGAGAACUACAUGGGGCUCGCUCUCUCCAGCGAAGAGAUCCAGAAGAACCUGCUCCCGGAAGGCAGCACUGCACUGACCCCCACUGGGCCCCCCCCGGGCCAGCUGGUCGCCCCUCUGAGCUGGAACAACACGGGACUGCGCCGGGCAGAGAUCAAGCCGGGCGUGCGGGAGAUCCACCUCUGCAAGGACGAGCGGGGCAAGACAGGGCUGCAGCUGAAAAACGUCGACCAGGGCAUCUUCGUGCAGCUGGUGAAGGCCAACUCGCCAGCAGCACUGGUGGGGCUGCGCUUCGGUGACCAGAUCCUGCAGAUCGACGGCAAGAACUGCACGGGCUGGAGCAGCGACAAGGCGCAGCGGGUGCUGAAGAAGGCGUCCCCAGAGAAAAUCAUCAUGGUGGUGCGGGACAGGCCUUUCCAGCGCACCGUCACUGUGCACAAGGACAGCAGCGGCCACGUUGGCAUCGUGGUCAAGAAGGGGAAAAUUGUGUCGCUGGCCAAGGACAGCUCUGCUGCCCGCAACGGCCUCCUCACCCACCACUACAUCUGCGAGGUGAACGGCCAGAACGUCAUCGGCAUGAAGGAUAAGCAGCUCACGGAGGUGCUGGCAGGGGCCGGGAACGUGAUCACACUGACCAUCAUCCCCACCGUGAUCUACGAGCACAUGGGCAAACGGUGA